AUGAUGCCAGUUAAAAAGAACCCGAAAGACCCUGAACAGGAGCCCAUUCACCCAUGCGACAAACCCGCCGCCCCACCAAUCGCAAUAGAAGACUGCGUCGAAGAGCUCAAGGCCCUGCGCAGACGCAACCAAGAACUAGAAACCCGCCUCAGUCUCGCCGCAGAAAGCGGCAAUGGCUCCAAGGCGAUUAUCCGGCAACCGGGCCGAACGCUGCGCUCGUCGCAUUGGUUCGAUUGUCGCAGUGAUCCUGGUAUGACGGCUAUCUACAUGGAGAGGUAUUUCAAUUAUGGUAUUACGCGCGAGGAGCUCAUGUCGGGGAAGCCGAUGAUUGGAAUUGCGCAGACGGGCUCCGAUAUUGCGCCGUGUAAUCGGCAUCAUAUUGAGUUGUCGAAGAGGGUGCGUGAGGGUAUUCGCACUGCUGGUGGUAUUGCUUUUGAGUUUCCGACACAUCCUAUUCAGGAGACUUCGAGGAGGCCGACGGCUACUUUGGAUCGCAACUUGGCGUAUUUGAGUAUGGUGGAGGUUUUGACGGGGUAUUUUCUCGAUGGUGUGGUUUUAUUGACUGGGUGUGAUAAGACUACCCCGGCUUGUUUGAUGGCUGCAGCGACUGUGAAUAUUCCUGCCAUCUGUCUUAAUGUUGGGCCCAUGUUGAAUGGUUAUGACGAAGGUGCUUUGGCCGGUGCAGGCACUGUCCUCUGGAAGGGCCGAGAGAUGUACGCUACGGGCGAAAUUGAUGACGGUGAAUUCAUGGACUACAUUUCCAGAGGAACACCUUCGGUUGGUCACUGUAACACAAUGGGCACAGCUUCAACUAUGAAUGCCCUUGCAGAAGCCCUCGGCAUGGCACUACCAGGUUCAGCCGCUAUCCCAGCAGCUUAUCGCCACAGAAGCCAAUGUGCCUACGAAACCGGCAAACAGAUCGUGGAAAUGGUCGAAGCCGAUCGCAAGCCAAGCGACCUCAUGACCCGCGAAGCAUUCGAGAACGCGAUCGUAGCCAACGCUGCAUUUGGCGGCAGCACCAACGCCCCCAUCCACCUCCUCGCCAUCGCCCAACAUAUGGGCGUCGAGUUAUCAAUGGACGAUUGGGACACGCUCGGCUCUCACAUCCCACUCUUGCUAAACAUGAUGCCCUCAGGCGAGUUUCUCGGCGAAGAGUACUUCCGCGCAGGAGGUCUACCGGCAAUCAUGGCCGAGCUUUUAGAUGUCGGUAAGAUUCACGGCGAUGUGUUGACCUGUAAUGGAAAAACAAUGGCCCAGAACGUCCGCGGGAAACACUCCUGGGAUCGGCGGGUGAUUCGUCCAUAUGAUGAUCCGCUCAUGAAGGAUGCGGGCUUCAUUCAUUUGAAAGGCACACUGUUUGAUUCGGCCAUCAUGAAGACGUGCGUUAUUUCGCCCGCUUUCAGAGAGCGAUACCUCUCCAACCCGGAGGAUCCCAUGGCGUUUGAGGGCUCGGUCAUGGUUUUCGAUGGCCCGGAGGACUACAAUAAUCGGCUUGAGAAUCAGCCUGAGAUCGACGAUAAGACUAUUCUGGUCAUGCGCGGUGUCGGCCCACUAGGAUACCCCGGUGCGGCGGAAGUCGUGAACAUGCAUCCGCCAGGCAGACUCUUGAAGCAAGGCGUGGAUGCGCUCUUCUGUAUUGGCGAUGGACGCCAGUCGGGAACAUCGGCGAGUCCGUCUAUUUUGAACGCCAGUCCUGAGGCUGCCGCAGGCGGCAAUCUGGCUAUUCUUCGUGAUGGAGAUAAGCUGCGGAUUGACCUGCCAAAGCGCCGGGUUGACAUUCUUAUCAGUGAUGAAGAGUUGCAGCAAAGGAGAAAGGAAAUGCUGGCGACCGAGUACCCUCUUGUCCCGAGUGGUACGCCUUGGCAGGAGAUCUUCCGUCAAGAGACAGAUCAGCUGUCGAAUGGCAUGGUGCUACGGGGGGCUGUGAAAUAUCAGCGUCUGGCGCAGCGAAACCCAGCCCCGAGGCACAAUCAUUAA